UGUCUUUGCUAAAUGUGUUGGAAGUUUCCAGUACAGAAGUGGGGGCCAGAAGAGAGGAGGGGCGUCGGUGAAGAACCCCCCCACCACCAACUGUUAUGUUUCUACUGCGCAUAAGAAAAGCGGAAUAUUCUGGAGCUAGGGAGGCGGAGGACCAGAGAGGAUCAAGAGGACUUUAUUUUCCACUCACUCCGAAGGAAGUGGUGGGGAAGACAGUCAGAAUUCCGGGAGACUGAUAUUUGCUUAGGAUUAACAAAGAAACCAUUUACAUGCAUGGAAUGCAGCAAGUGAUUCAGUCAAUGAACACACGAACUUCACAUCAAUGAACUCAAAGAGUGGAGAAAUCAUUUCAGGCUAUGGAGCGUGGAAAAAGCUUCAAUGAUAGUGGAACACCUAGAAAACAUCAGCAGACUAACACAGGGGAGAAACCAUUUAAAUCUAUGGAGUGUGGAAAGAGAUUGAGACAGAGUUCAAACCUUUAUUCACAUCACUUGACUCACACAGGGGAGAAACCAUAUAAAUGUAUGGAGUGUGGAAAGAGCUUCACUCAGAGUGCACACCUUGGGAGACAUCAACGGACUCACACAGGGGAGAAACCAUGUAACUGUAUGGAGUGCGGAAAGAGCUUCAGUGACAGUGGAGCACUUAGAAUUCAUCAAAGGAUUCACACAGGGGAGAAACCAUAUAAAUGUAUGGAGUGCGAAAAGAGCUUCAGUGACAAUGGAACACUUAGAAAACAUCAACGGAUUCACACAGGGGAGAAACCAUAUAAAUGUAUGGAGUGCGAAAAGAGCUUCAGUGGAAGUGGAACACUUAGAAUUCAUCAACGGAUUCACACAGGAGAGAAACCAUUUGAAUGUAUGGAGUGUGGAAAGAGCUUCAGUCAGAGUUCGCACCUUAGGACGCAUCAAGGGAUUCACACAGGGGAGAAACCAUUUAAAUGUAUGGAGUGUGGAAAGAGCUUCAGUCAGAGUUCACACUUUAGGACACAUCAAGGGAUUCACACAGAGGAGAAACCAUAUAAAUGUAUGGAGUGUGGAAAGAGCUUCAGUCAGAGUUCACACCUUAGGACACAUCAAGGGAUUCACACAGGGGAGAAACCAUUUAAAUGUAUGGAGUGUGGAGGGAGCUUCAGAACGUGUACAGAGCUUGAUAUGCAUCAAAGGACCCACACAGGAGAGAAACAAUUUAAAUGUAUGGAGUGUGGAAAGGGCUUCAGCCAGUCAGCACACCUUCAUAUACAUCAACGAACUCAUACAGGGGAGAAACCAUAUAAAUGUAUGGAGUGUGAAAAGAGCUUCAGUGAGAGUGGAGCACUUAGAAAACAUCAACGGACUCACACAGGAGAGAAACCAUAUAAAUGUAUAGAGUGUAAAAAGAGCUUCAGUGAAAGUGGAACACUUAGAAAACAUCAACGGAUUCACACAGGGGAGAAACCAUUUAAGUGUAUGGAGUGCGAAAAGAGUUUCAGUGACAGUGGAGCACUUAGAAAACAUCAACGGGUUCACACAGGAGAGAAACCAUUUGAAUGUAUGGAGUGCGGAAAGAGCUUCAAUGACAGUUCACACCUUAGGACACAUCAACGGAUUCACACAGGCGAGAAACCAUUUAAAUGUAUGGAGUGCAGAAAGAGCUUCAGUGAGAGUGGAGCACUUAGAAUUCAUCAACGGAUUCACACAGGAGAGAAACCAUUUGAAUGUAUGGAGUGUGGAAAGAGCUUCAGUCAGAGUUCGCACCUUAGGACACAUCAAGGGAUUCACACAGGGGAGAAACCAUUUAAAUGUAUGGAGUGUGGAAAGACCUUCAGUCAGAGUUCACACCUUAGGACACAUCAAGGGAUUCACACGGGAGAAACCAUAUAAAUGUAUGGAAUGUGGAAAGACCUUCAGUGACAGUUCACACCUUAGGACACAUCAACUGACUCACACAGGAAAAAAUAUCUAAAUGUAUGGAGUCUGGAAAGGUCUUCACUUAUGGUGGAACUAUUAGAAAACAUCAACAAAUUCACACAGGAGUGAAAACCAUUUAAAUGUAUGGAGUGCGAAAAGAGUUUCAGUAGAAGUGCAACACUUAGAAGUCAUCAACGGAUUCACACUUGAGAGAAACCAUUUGAAUGUAAGGAGUGUGGAAAGAGCUUCAUUGAGUGUUCACACCGUUUUUCACAUUGCUAGACUUCCAUAGGAGAGAAACCAUAUAAAGGUAUGCAGUGUGGAAAGGGUUUCAGUCGGAGUUCCCACUUUGAUGUACAUCAACAGACUCACAUAGGGGGGAAACGGUUGAAAUAUAUGGAGUGUGGAAAGUACUUCUGUCAGAAUGGAGUUCUUACAAAACAAUGUCCUCAUUGUGGAACAAUGUGUGGAUCCAGAAUUGGCCUCCACAGUCACUUACGGACUCAUUGUUAAGACCAUGUUCAUGGAAGAUAAUCUUACUUGGCUACAAGUGAUCAUCAAUUAAUUCAAAAGAGGAGAAACGGUUUAAAUGGAAGGAAAAAAAUACACUAAUGGCAGUGGAAGAAGCAAUGAUAACCGGUCUCAAAGCAAUGUUUCUUCAACAUAAACUUUGUUGGAUUGGUCAUGUUGUUUAUGUCAAGUCCUUUGAGGGAAGAAACUACUAGAAGUAUUUGGAAUGUAGUGGAAGACUCUGGAAGGUUCAUAUUGUUUUGACUAACUCAGUCACACGGCAAACCCUCACGGUGAUCAACUCCUGCCCGAAAACCUAUGUUCUCAUUGUGGAAAGAUGUGGGGAUCCAGAAUUGGCCUCCACAGUCACUUACGGACUCACUGUUAAGACCAUGUUCAUGGAAGAUAAUCUUACUCGGCUACCAUCAAUUAACUCGAAAGAGGAGAAACGGUUUAAAUGGAAGGAGUGUGGAAACUACAUUGGUUAUAAUGGAAUAUUCACAAACAUCUAUGGACUUUCAGAGUGGAGGGAAGGUGGGUGUGAAUCUGGAGUGGUGGUGGUGAGUGAUGAUGAGCUGAGAGGAAGCUGGUUUGGGAAAGAGAGUUGGAAAUGUUUGGAGUUGGGAAUGGAGAGUGGGGAUGCUUUGGAAGCAGAGUAUUACUAUUACUAUUAUUAUUACUGUUGUUGUUGUUUAGUCGUUUAGUCGUGUCCGACUCUUCGUGACCCCAUGGACCAUAGCACGCCAGGCACUCCUGUCUUGCACUGCCUCCCGCAGUUUGGUCAAACUCAUGUUCGUAGCUUCGAGAACACUGUCCAACCAUCUUGUCCUCUGUCGUCCCCUUCUCCUAGUGCCCUCAAUCUUUCCCAACAUCAGGGUCUUUUCCAAGGAUUCUUCUCUUCUCAUGAGGUGGCCAAAGUAUUGGAGCCUCAGCUUCACGAUCUGUCCUUCCAGGGAGCACUCAGGGCUGAUUUCCUUAAGAAUGGAUAGGUUUGAUCUUCUAGCAGUCCAUGGGACUCUCAAGAGUCUUCUCCAACACCAUAAUUCAAAAGCAUCAAUUCUUCGACGAUCAGCCUUCUUUAUGGUCCAGCUCUCACUUCCAUACAUCACUACUGGGAAAACCAUAGCUUUAACUAUACGGACCUUUGUCGGCAAAGUGAUGUCUCUGCUUUUUAAGAUGCUGUCUAGGUUUGUCA